UUUUUAACGCGCUUUUUCUACUGUAUAUAUCAUAAUACUUUAAACAAUUCAGGAGUUCUUCAACUUCAAUGCUUUUUCCUAAGUAUAUAUAUAUAAGAUAACUUGCCCAAAGACACCUAUAGCCAUAGGUAUCCAUUUUGAUAGCGAGACAGAUAUACACAAAAGACUCUAAAAAGGAGGUUUUGGAGAAGCCAUUCUAUUUUCAGUUGUAGGGAAGCCAAAUGGGAAUUGAACAGAUGGUGGUGUUGUUUCUCAUACUCUUCAACUGCUUGCAUUUGUUAGCUUCUUCAUCUCCACUUCACAAGGCCUUUGUUUCAGAUUCUCUGCAGAAGCGUAAUGUUGGACUUACAGGCAGACAUGAAGACAAAAUCAAUGGUGAUGGUGAUAGCAGUGGAAGAAGUGGCAUAGUAAAUGGCAGCAAAUUUGCCCAUGGAGGUACAAGUGGCGGUCGGUCAGCUGGGGCAGGUGCACAUGGUGGUGGAUCAACUGGUGGGACUGAAACUGGAAAUGACAAUGGCAAUUCACAAUCAGGCGCAGCAGUUGUCCCUGUUAUUGUAGCUGGUGCUGCUAAUAAUAAUCGCAACAGAAACAGCCACCGUAAUGCUGCUAACUGCAACAGGAACUGCAUAAAAUUUCCCACUAUGAUUAUGACCACAUUAACUACUCUUAUUGCACAUAUUUAUAUGUAGUAUUUUGAUGCAAAAUAUAGAUUAAUCCAUCAUCCGAAAAUGAUGGAUCGGUUGGCCUGUAUUUAUGUAACAUUCGAUUUGGGGAUCCUGUUUGUAGCCUUCCUGUAAUAUGUAAAAGCAAAGAAAGCUUUAUUAUAUAGUUUUUGAAUCAUAAUGAGAACAUAUAUAUGUAA